GCUAAUGGACAAGGCCAAGCAAAGAGCACAAACGAGGCUUGCAUGGCCUAGGAGACGUGCACGAGCACGUAUACGAGGGUGUCGACGUGCACAAUGGCAUAGAAGGUCGAGCAAGAGGCUCGAGAGAUCAAGGCUAGAAGGAUCGAGCACAUGGAGGUAUGCAAGGGCACGCAAAAAGGUGGUCCGUAAGAGGGCGACUAUCGAGCGCAAGAAAGGGCGCAUUAGACAAGGGCGUAAAUACGCGCAUUGGCGUAGACGCGCAUGGUGCUUGGAGAUUAGGCGAAAAGGUGCGCAGGGGGAGGAUGUCGGGAGGUUAAUGCGCACGAGGGAUUGCAGCAAAUGGACGAGCGCGCAUUGGGCGCUGGACGAUACGCGGACAGCGCUGGGCGCACGUAGGCGCGCAGUAGGCGAACGGAGCGCUAGGGCGCUGAGGACGCGUGGGCCAGUGGACAGGUGCGGGAAUAUCUCGGGGUUAUCGAGCGUGGGUAGCAGCUGCGCGGUUGACAAGGACACGCGGGAGCAGACGACGCAUGUUGGCGACGCGUGUGGGAUGGGCAAAGAUCUAGGCCUAGUAGGCUUAGGCAAGCUGGGCGACACGCACGAGAUAGUCACGCGGGCGAAGGGUGCGAUCCCUUGCACACCCGAAGGGCGAGGCAAGACUAAGGCAACAAGCCUAGUCCUCAUAGGAAUAGGCAUGGUACGAAUCAUAGACCCCGCAGGACUAGGAAAAGCAGUUGAGUGUCGUAAUGCGCGUGAAGGAUCGGUGACGGGAGUAAUCCUCAGAAGAUCAGGCAACGUAGCCGGGAGCAUAUUCCUAGUAGGAAUAGGCAAGGUGGAUAUGGGCUCGAAGUCUGAUCCUUCAAGGAAUAGGAAUAGCGUACACAAGGCGCGAGACCUUACUCCUCGAGGCAAGCGGAUAGGCGGGCGUAGGAGACGCGACCUUAGUCCUCGAGGAUUAAGUCAAGGUGGCGUGAGGCGGUGGAGAAGGCCUAGGUGGC